UAAGACAGAUGUUAAGGUAAGCUUUGUUAUUUUUAAACCUAAAAAUUUCCAAGUAACUUUUUUCACAUCUGUUCCCGUGGAGGACUAAUAUGCUUAAAAUGUCGAGAACGAAAAUAUUAAAUUAACCUAAAACGCUAAAUUUCAUUUUAAAAUUAAUUUUUGUUAACCGGGAGUUUAACUUCUACAAUAGUUUUCCUCCUUUCGCUUGCCUUUAAUUGUAAUUGAUUUUUAGAUCCAGUAUAUCACUACACCUACGAAGAUGAUGGAGAGGGUAAUUCUGUGCCAGUCAUCACAUUGGAGGUCAUCUCUAAUUACACACAAACCGAUCCUACCCAAGAGUAUCCCGAAGUACCAGAUCUAAUGUUAAGUGAAGCUCAAAUGAUAGAAUCACAAGACGCGACAUGUCCGCAGUAUGAGAAUUCAUGUAGCCAAAUGGAGCCGGUUAAAAAUGACAAUGAGAACCAAGAACAAGAACAAUUUAACAGCUCUAAAUUGAGAGCGAAUUUUCUGGAGUACGUGACAAGAAAUGAUGGGAGUGUACUAUGCAAGUUAUGUGGGGAGAUCUUACAAAGUAGAACGCAUUGGUACAGGCAUAAAUACAAAGCACAUGCUGCACCGCCCCUGAAUCCGGCGCCACUAUUUCAAUGUGAACAGUGUCUUGUAUUCUUCAAGAGUAGGAAAGGGUACAUAGGUCACCUAGCUAGCAGACAUAGUGAAGUUCUAGCAGAUUCAAGUCCGGUUUUAACGAACUCACAAGCAGAAGAACUUGCCAAACAAACACAAACGCAAGCCGAGGUACGAGAUGAUACGGAUCCAGAACUAGCUAUACCCAAAACGAGUGUGCCCAAUUAUCAGUCUAUCGACAAACAAGCGACAAAAACUAUAGAGACAAAACGAAAUUACAGGAAUACUAAAGAUCAGGAAAAUCAAGCAGAUUGGGAAGAGCGUCGUACCCGAGAGGAGAAACUCGUUGCCGAUAUUAUAGACCGUGUGCGGAGGGAGUGCGAGGCGCAGGGCUCCGGCGGACCGGCGCGGCGCGGUUACACGCGGCGUACCACCGUCAUGAACACGUAAUUCCCACAAAGCGACACGUCAAUGUUAAUGUAAUGUCAAAAGUUCCUCUGAAUUGUCUACAAAAACUUUUUAGGUCUUACAAGGCCGCUAAAGCUCAUCGUUCGUGCCAAGUCUUUUGGUAUAUUUAUUUGCCAUUUUAUUGAAGUGCCAAGUUAUUAAUCUUUGUAUUUGUAUAAGAAAUUGUAAAUAGUUAUUUAUGUAUUACUGUUAAUUAGCUAUAUUUGACGUUGUCAAUACUUUUUUUAAGCGUCGUUUUGUUAUAUUGGUGAUAAUUUUUGACGAAAUUUUACGCUCACACUGAGAUGUUGUUGAUUUUUUCUAAUGUUUUGUUAAUUUAUUUUUCUAUUUAAAUUAUACUAUAGUUUAUAAUUGCUAUAAAAUAUUUUU